AUGGCAACAAAUUUCUUCCGCGAUUUAGUGCUGCGGCCAGCACUACGGCCAACAAUCCCAAAGCCCGCCGCCCCCGGGAUUCCCAUCUCCCGAAAGUUCUCGACGACUCCAUCACAGAGCGCGACUCUCAACCAAGUAAUCCGAGGUUGUCGGAAGGAACAACGAGCUCGCCACGCUGUCUCCCCAGCAUUGUCAGCAAUAAACGCCCCCGCGCUUAAGGGUGUUUGUGUCAAGGUGGGAAUUACCAAGCCCAAGAAGCCCAAUUCGGGUGAACGAAAGACGGCACGUGUGCGCCUGUCUACCGGCAAGGUCAUCACGGCAUACAUCCCCGGGGAAGGUCACAACAUCCAACAGCACAGUGUCGUGCUAGUGCGUGGCGGGCGGAGUCAAGAUUGCCCCGGUGUGCGUUACCACUUGGUGCGCGGAGCAUUGGACCUGGGUGGUGUUGGUAGCCGGAUGACUAGCCGGAGUAAAUACGGGACAAAGAAGCCAAAGAAGGCUUCUGUUGGCUAA